CAAGGGAUCAAACUCCUUUCCCCGGUCGGGACAUUAUUGGACUUCUGGUAUUCUUGGUUUUCUGGUUAUCAUCCUCCCGACCAAGGGAUCAAACUCCUUUCCCCGGUCGGGACAUUAUUGGACUUCUAGUAUUCUUGGUUUUCUCUUUAUUAUCCUCCCGACAUAGGGAUUGAGCUCCUCUCUCCAGUCAGGACACUAUUGAUAUGUUGUAUUGGGAUAUUAUUGGACUUCUGGUAUUUCUGAUUUUCUAGUUAUCAUCCUCCCGACCAAGGGAUCAAACUCCUUUCGUCAGUCGGGACAAUAUUGGACUUCUGGUAUUCUUGGCUUUCUUGUUAUUUUCCGUCUGAUAUAAUGAGCUCCUCCCAUCGGUCUGGAUGGAUCUUCUUAAUGGUCGUGAGAUCAAGCUCCCUUUCUCAGUUGGAUUAUAAUUCUGGUACAUAUAGAUAUUAUUAUUUUUCUCCCUGGUCCAAAUGAAAUGGAUAUUCUUGUAUUAUGGUUAUUCUUAUUCUUAUUCUUAGCGUGGGAUCGAGUCCUUUCAUCUCGGUCCAAUGAAAUGGAUAUUCUGGUAUUCUUAACAUUUUUAUUAUUUUCCUCACGACCAAGGAUCUAGUUCCUCUCACUGGUUAGGGCAAGAUGGGAAAAGAGGGAUUCCUUUUGAUUUUUUUACUCCCAAGGUAGUAGCUGAUAUUUAAUCUAUCAAACUAAUUGUCACCAUUAUUUUUGGGUCAUUGAAUCGUAUAAUUUUAUGUAUUUCUGCAUUUUAACUUUACAUCUUUUCUAUUUGAUGUUGAUAUUUUUGUUUGUCCUCUUCUCAUUCACAUGUUGUUAAUUAAUUUCUAUUCCAAAAUUAAUAAUCAUUGCUUUCAAUAAUGGUGUGAAAUCGAUGACAAUUAAGUAGAUUCUCUUAGCCUCGGUCCUACUUAUGUUGUGUUGAAGCUUAUAGAAAGAAAAUUCUUAUGCACUUGUUUGUAUAUGUUCCUGCUAACCAAUUAAAUCUUUUGUUGCUUAAAUUUGUCAGCAUUUGUGAUGUAGGUGUUCUAGAUAUCCUAAUGAUGUAUGAUACAUUUUCAACAUCAUGUCAAUCAAUUGUUAUCCGAAUAUUUGGUCGUUUUCUUUGGUUUUCAGUUGCUUCUUUUGCUGUCCUUUCACAUCAUAUUAGUACUUUAGAAUUUAUAAUUCCUUAAUAUAUUGUCAUACUUUUGUUCUUGUAUAUAUAUUUUUUUUUCUGUUUUAUCAACCCCCUUCAUUAAUAAUAUCUAAUACUCUUAUCAAAAUUGAUACACUUGGUUUAAGUAAAGCACUGCAAGAUGGUUCCAUGGUUCUAGUUUUGCUGCUUUUAGAAUAUAUAUCUUUAUCAUUGGAAUUUAUGUUGCAUAUAAUCCCUUUGUUGGCUUCCUUGUGAGAAUUUCAUUCUAUCAUUGCUUAAUAGAUUUAUGUGAUUGUGUGCCUAGUGAGAUGACUGCUCCAGGUAAUCUUUUUUCACGCCUUCUUGUUUAUCUUUGAGCCUUCAAUUUGUGUCAUCUCCUUGUUCCUAGUAAUUGACACUUGUUUUUUUUUCAUCCUCAAGGAAGAUUGUUAUGUUGGAUGGGGUAUGUAUUGAGAGGACUAUUGACUAUAUCAAAGGUGAUGCCAUCAUUCCUUGACGGGAUUGGAAUUCUCAUUAGACUUCUCGGUAUUAUCCCAGUGUUCUUGGUUUUCUAAUAUCUUCGGCAUAUCCCUGGGUGUGAUUCAAAUUUCUAUCUUAUCAGAUUUCUUAGUAUUGUCUAGUGAUCUUGGUGUUAUGAUAUCAUUGACAUAAAUUCUUAUAUUAUCAUACUUCUCAAUAUUAUCCCAAUGGUCUUGGUUUUAAGAUAUCAUCUAUAUAUUUCCCGACGGGAUUGAAUUUCUUAUCUUAUUAGGUUUUUUGGAAUUGUCAUUGGGUUUUCUUGGUCUUCUCAUUAUUAUGCCAAGUUAGGAGUUCUCUUAUCAGUUUUUUCUAAUUGGAUUUUAUUCGGCAAUGUUCCUUAUUUUCACAUAUAUCCGACAGCGGAAUUGAUUUUCUGAUCUUAUUGGUAUUCUUAUUUACUAUUUCUCUCCUAGUCCUUAUUGUUAUUCUAAAUAUUAUCCUCGACAUGAUUGAUCUAUUGGUUUUCUCAAUAUUAUUGGGACAUUAUUGGUCUUCUGGUAUUCUUGUCUUCCUGGUUAUUAUUAUCCUCCAGACCUUGGGAUUGACCUCUUCUCAAUUAGGAUGGAUCGGAGUUUUGGUCUUCUUAAUAUUUUUACUUGUCCCAUGAUCGUGGUAUUCAACUCCUCUCUCCAAUCACAUUAUAUUGGACUUCUGGUAUUCCACGCUUUUUGCUUAUCAUCUUCCCAAGCAAGGAUCAAACUCCUCUUCCCCGGUCAGAACUGUGUUAGACUUCUGGUAUUCUUGUUAUUCUUAUUAUGUUCUUCAUUUCUAACUUUUUUCACUAUUAGCUAUGAGUUUCAAUGUUUUGGUCUUAAGGCUUUGCUUUUAGCCAUAUGCUUGUGUAAUGUAGGCUUCUCUUGUUUUCACAAGUUCCAUAUCUAGUAUCUUCUUUAUUUGUUCGAGAAUGUUCAUGUAUUUUUGAGAAUUCUACUAUAUUCAUAUUUUGUACACUUUUCAUAUUUUGUAGUUCAAUCAACUUACAAACAAAUUAUGAGGGAACUAUGUCAGAAAUUUUCCUUAUUCUAGGGUUCUUUUACUUUUAUUUAUUAACAUGAUUUGAUGUUUGCUUACUUGUAGAUUGAGUCUAUUUAGACUUCGAGGUAGUAAUCAGUAAAAAUAUCAUUAGUUAGCUUCAUUAAUAGUAUUCAUGAGGUUCUAAAUGACUAUAUAUAUAUAUAUAUAUAUAUAUAUAUAUAUAUAUAUAUAACAAGCUUAUUAUUCUCGCUAUUCUUAUUAUGAUCACGAUUUCUAACUUUUCACUAGUGGCUAUGAUAUUCAAUGUUUUGUUCAUUGGGCUUUGCUUUUAGCCGUAUGCUUGUGUAAUGUGGGCUUCUCUUGUUUUCACAAGCUCCUCUUCCCUGUUGAAUUAUAAUCCAUUUUCACAUAUUCUUGGAAUUCUUUUGCUUAUCAUCUUCAUGGUCGUGGAAUCGAGCUCCUCUCUUCAGUUGGAUUAUAAUCGGUAUUCGGGUAUUUCAUGCCUUAUUCAUUGUCGUAGCAUUGAACUCUCUCCCCGAUCAGAUUAUAAUUGAUAUUUAGGCAUUCUACGCAUUCUUUUAUUUAUUAUCUUCUUGGGUAUUGAGCUCUUCUUGGUCGGUAUUUAUAUAUUCUGGGCCACUCUUGGAGAAGCAAAUUGUUGGUGUUUGCUCAAAUUUGGUAACAUAUUCUCUGUUUCUUACUUGUCUUUUAAUUUAUACUGCACUUAUCAAUUGAGACUAUGCUAAGUCUUGCUCAUUUCUAGCCCCAUCUCUUUCUAGUUGGGCAUACGAGAUAGUUGUUGCUUUCUGUUUUAUUUCUGCAAAAGAUGUACAUGCUAAAGGUUAAGUUCCCAAAGGCCCUUCAUUGGGUAUUUUUGAGCAAAUAGUUAAUGGUCUAUCAGUGUCAUGUAAAGUUCGACCAUUUUCAGCAGAUACGUUUAUCUUUAUGUUUCCAGUAUUUUUCUGUCUAAAUUUAGUUAUCAUUCAACUUUACUUGUUGCUAGCUUCAUUUCUGCUAGGUUAUUGAGCAUAUUCUGCUUUCUCCCAAGAAGACUACUUGCAUUUCACGAUGAUUGCACUUCCUACUUCUGAGCUACCACGGCUACUACACCUGGGAACUUCUGAUAUGACAAACACUUCUGACAUUUUUUCUAGUAUUGGUUUGUUGUUAAAAUAUUUUCUCCCAAUAGAUUUUUUUUAUAACUUGUUCACUAGUUUUCAUUCUCUUUAUUGCUAGAGUGUAAGUUUAGUUUAUAUUAGUUUUAGCUCAUGAGCAAUUGAGUGUCAAUUCUUUUAAUUGAUAUGUCUCUCUGUUGUACUCUUAAAAUGAUUGGUCAUAUCGAAAGAGGGUUCAUUCUCUUGGAGCUACAUGGGUUCAGCAAUAAUGCGAGCUUCGGGAUUUGAUACAAUUCAGAUAUCAUUUGUUUUUCCUGUUAAUGGUGGUUUUACAAUGGAGUUGGCUGUUGCUUAGUUUUGUUCCAAUGGAAUUGGUAGCCAUGAAGUGACUCUUGUAGAUUUUGAGCUCUAUUGAACUUCUUGGCGAUCUUCUUUUCAAGGUUGCUGGAACCUUUGGAAAAGCAAUUCUUGAGCUUGGGAGUGAUGACGAAGGUCCAAGCACAGAGGCACAUGGCCCCGCAAUUAUUGAAGUCCUUGGGCAAAGAAGUCGCAAUGAAGUUCUUGCUGAAAUUUAUAUGGUUGCUGGAACCUUUGGAAAAGCAAUUCUUGAGCUUGGGAGUGAUGACGAAGGUCCAAGCACAGAGGCACAUGGAUGGCCCUGCAAUUAUUGAGGUCCUUGGGCAAAGAAGUUGCAAUGAAGUUUUUGCUGAAGUUUAUAUGGUUGCUGGAACCUUUGGAAAAGCUAUGAUGAUGAAGGUCCAAGCACGGAGGCACAUGGAUGGCCCUGCAAUUAUUGAGGUCCUUGGGCAAAGAAAUCGCAAUGAAGUUUUUGUUGAAAUUUAUAUGACUAUCUUCUUUUCAAGGUUGCUGGAACCUUUGGAAAAGCAAUUCUUGAGCUUGGGAGUGAUGACGAAGGUCCAAGCACCGAGGCACAUGGAUGGCCCUGCAAUUAUUGAGGUCCCUGGGCAAAGAAGUCGCAAUGAAGUUCUUGCUAAAAUUUAUAUGGUUGCUGGAACCUUUGGAAAAGCAAUGAUAACGAAGGUCCAAGCACAGAGGCACAUGGAUGGCCCUGCAAUUAUUGAGGUCCUUGGGCAAAGAAAUCGCAAUGAAGUUCUUGUUGAAAUUUAUAUGACUAUCUUCUUUUCAAGGUUGCUGGAACCUUUGGAAAAGCAAUUCUUGAGCUUGGGAGUGAUGACGAAGGUCCAAGCACCGAGGCACAUGGAUGGCCCUGCAAUUAUUGAGGUCCCUGGGCAAAGAAGUCGCUAUGAAGUUCUUGCUGAAAUUUAUAUGACUAUGUUCUUUUCAAGGUUGCUGGAACCUUUGGAAAAGCAAUUCUUGAGCUUGGGAGUGAUGACGAAGGUCCAAGCACAGAGGCACAUGGAUGACCCUGCAAUUAUUGAGGUCCUUGGGCAAAAAAGUCGCAAUGAAGUUCUUGCUGAAAUUUAUAUGAUUCGUAGUGAUAUUAACUUGACUUUGAAUCAGUUAUGUGGUAUUUCUUUCUAUUGUGUUUUGUUUUCUUGUUGUCACAUUACUAUUUUGCACAAUGAAUUUAACGUUGUUGUUGAACAUAAACGUAUCUCAUAUUUUUUAUGUUUGGCGGCACUGCAUGUAUGGAAGACUAUCUUCUUUUCAAGGUUGCUGGAACCUUUGGAAAAGCAAUUCUUGAGCUUGGGAGUGAUGACGAAGGUCCAAGCACAGAGGCACAUGGAUGACCUUGCAAUUACUGAGGUCCUUGGUCAAAGAAGUCGCAAUGAAGUUCUUGCUGAAAUUUAUAUGCAUGUAUGGAAGACUAUCUUCUUUUCAAAGUUGCUGGAACCUUUGGAAAAGCAAUUCUUGAGGUUGGGAGUGAUGACGAAGGUCCAAGUAAAGAUGCACAUGGAUGGCCCUGCAAUUAUUGAGGUCCCUGGGCAAAGAAGUCGCAAUGAAGUUCUUGCUGAAAUUUAUAUGACUAUCUUCUUUUCAAGGUUGCUGGAACCUUUGGAAAAGCAAUUCUUGAGCUUGGGAGUGAUGACGAAGGUCCAAGCACAGAGGCACAUGGAUGGCCCUGCAAUUAUUGAGGUCCUUGGGCAAAGAAGUCGCAAUGAAGUUCUUGCUGAAAUUUAUAUGGUAUGGAAGACUAUCUUCUUUUCAAGGUUGCUGGAACCUUUGGAAAAGCAAUUCUUGAGCUUGGGAGUGAUGAUGAAGGUCCAAGCACAGAGGCACAUGGAUGGCCCUGCAAUUAUUGAGGUCCUUGGGCAAAGAAGUCGCAAUGAAGUUCUUGCUGAAAUUUAUAUGGUAUGGAAGACUAUCUUCUUUUCAAGGUUGCUGGAACCUUUGGAAAAGCAAUUCUUGAGGUUGGGAGUGAUGACGAAGGUCCAAGAACAGAGGCACAUGGAUGGCCCUGCAAUUAUUGAGGUCCUUGGGCAAAGAAGUCGCAAUGAAGUUCUUGCUGAAAUUUAUAUGACUAUCUUCUUUUCAAGGUUGCUGGAACCUUUGGAAAAUCAAUUCUUGAGCUUGGGAGUGAUGACGAAGGUCCAAGCACAGAGGCACAUGGAUGGCCCUGCAAUUAUUGAGUUCCUUGGGCAAAGAAGUCGCAAUGAAGUUCUUGCUGAAAUUUAUAUGGUCUAUUAUUAUUAUCCAUUUUCUGCUCUUUCUAAUCCGGUUAAACUCUACAAUGAUCUUAGAUGGAACAUUAGUAGACCCCAAGGUUUUGAAGCAGUGAUGCGUGUUAGAUGUAGCUGGGGUCUUGAAGUUCAAGAAUACUCUGGAAAAUUUUGCAAAAGUGUUCCUAGUGAUAUUGAUCUUCCUGUGUGCACUUCUUUAUACCACUGUGUAUGGGCAACGAAGGAUUUGCGUUAUUAAUCUCUCCCUUACUUGCACUGAUAAUAUCAGCAGUUUGCAGCAGUUUGUGCCAAUCCACUAAUUUGGAUGCUCAGUUUACUUGUUUGCUCAAGCAAGGUUGCAGCUGUAAUGAGGUUCCAGUCGCUAGUUCCCACUAGGUGUCGAGGUGGUUUUAUAUUAUCGGACUUGUGUUUCCUUGACAAAUAUCCUUAUUCUCUUUCUUAACCAAGAUGUCAAUCUUCUUCUGCCCUAUGUUCUUCAACAAAAUCGAAUGACCAUUCUCAAGAUUCAAGACAAUCUUGUGAUUCCCCACCAAGGGUCAUCUUCUCAAGUUCUUCAUCCACAGUCUCGAGUGACUCAUCCUUCAGCCCUAUUGAGAGAUUGGUACCUUUAUUUAUUUGAGGGUCGUAGAUUUUUUUGGGGAUGUGAUCUUUCGUCGGAGAGAUAAUAUAGAACACAACAACAAAGGAAAAUGAAACCCUUUUAGCCAUCAUAACAGCUUAUGUACAGGGCGAGGAUGUUACUAUACACUUUUGUUAACAAUGUUGACAGUUUUCAGAAUGUGGAAUUAUUAAAUUUUCGAGGUUUACUUGAAAGAGUUAAAGGGUGUUGUGUCUGCCAUAGCUUCUCUCCAAGGUCAUUUGUUGGUUUCAUCUGGCCCUAAGAUCUCCUUGCACAAAUGGACAGGUCAAAAAUUUUAUCUAGUGGGAGAUAUUCACAAAAAGCAUCUAUUUUUAAAUUGGAAAGAGCAGGGUGCUCAGUUGAGCUUAUUAGCCAAGGAUUUGCUUCUCUUGAUUGUUAUGCAACUGAGUUUCUGAUAGAUGGAAGUACAUUGAGCCUUGUAGUUUCAGAUGAUAAAAAAAAUAUUCAGAUAUUCUAUAAUGCUCCAAUAACAUUAGGGUUGGAAAGGGCAGAAGCUUUUGUCUAGAGUUGAAUUUCAUGCUGGGGCCCAUGUGACAAA